AUGCUUCCGCCAGCCGACUUCCAGCAACCGCAUCGCCUACAACGACUUGCCCGCCUACCCGAGCUAGGAGUAGAGGGCGAGGAAGGAAGUCAGGUGGAUGUUAGGUUGAAUGACGGACUCGAGGUAGUGGUCGGAGAGGAAUAUAACGGCGUCGUGGAGGUCGACGAUCGGAAUGGAGAAGAUGGCGACGAAAAAGGCUAG